UACUUAUACUAGGUUUUGUUCCGUCUAGGGUUUAGUAGUGGCAGUGCGUGGCUGAGAGAGAGAGAGACACACACACACACAGAGAAGAGCAAUGGAUUCGUUUUCAUCAUCGCCGUCAAGCGGAUCCAACUCUCAAUUCCAAUCCGAACAGUUGAAGAACCAGCUCAAGGCCCAAUUAGCUCAGGCUUAUAUUGAGCAGUUCAUGGAGACAAUAAGCACAAAGUGCUUUGACAAGUGUAUUACAAAACCAGGGUCUAGCAUGAGCGGGAGUGAGAGUAGUUGCAUCUCUAGGUGUGUGGAUCGCUACAUUGAGGCCACUGGUAUUAUUACCAGUACUCUCUUUAGCUCACCACACUAAAAUUUUGGAGUGGAGGAUUUCUUGAAGAACGUCAGAGUUGCUUCAUUUCAAAGAAACUAUAGAUAGACGGGUAGAGAUUAUGUGUGGUAUUGCUAUCUCAAUUCUGAUUUUUAUCAUGGGGACAAUUUUCUUCACGUUAAGUACUGAUUUAUGUACUUGAUUUUUUUUUUCAAUGCAAACUCUAUAACUCUCAGCA